AUGGCCUUGGACAGGAACAGGGGCAUCUCCAAGAUCCCGUCCAGGGUCAGGGACAGGGUCGACACGUCGAUCGUGACUACGGUCUCGGCCCAGAUGAGGUACAUGUGCAUGGACGUGACGAUGGAGAUGGUCAGGAAGUUGGAGGCGUUCGGGGAGGACGACAGGGGCCUGAUGAUGGUCGCGUACAACGUCCCGAUCAAGGUUAUGAACGUGGGCUUGUAUCCGUACGAGCAGAACAUCUUGCCUGCCAUCGCGUCCGCACUCGCGUACUCGCCUAUGACGUGCAUCGGAGCCACGCCCUCGGUGCAGAUCUUGUCCCAGGCCAUGGCUGCGGUCGGGGCCAGCAUCAAGGACAGAGCCAAGUACAAGAAGAAGCACAAGGACUCCCUCGGGGACGUGACCGAGCACAUGCUCAUGUCCAAGUUCGCCAUGCUGUUGAGGUGCUCGUACCUGUGCUCGACUGUGGGGGUGGCCUUCACCAACUGCGUGCCCAUCUCCGUGAACACGAUGGCGAAGAGGAUCACGUGCGCGUCCUUCUUCUCGGAGUGGCUCGGCGAGAUGAUCAAGAUCCACAACCAGUUCGACUUCAAGAUGACCAUCAUGGCCAUGGGCGCCUUCGCGGCCGACACCGUGAGGAGGACCUUCAGCUCGUACAGAGGCACGGCCGAGAUGGUGACCUACAUCGGGAUCACGAACCCCGCCGCCAUCUCGUACAUGAACGUGCAGAAGUACACCAUCUCCUCUCCGAUUCCGCACUCGAUCACGACCAUGGAGUUGGACACAGCCUCGAUCGUGAACUGGCAGCCGACCCUGGACAGCACCUCGUCGUACGACUGGAAGAUGUACCCGAAGAGCACCCUGUUGCAGUUCAUGAACGAGAAGACCAUCGGGCCUCUAACGAGGGCCCUCAUCGACCACACGGCUGAAGAGCUCUUCGACUACUUCUCGACCAUGGCCAAGAACUUGUUCAACAACGCGAGCAUGGGCGCGCCCUCGGCCAUGAACGCGAACGCGAUGCCAGCCGGAGCCCUGACCUCGAACAUGCCCGAGAACGCACCCCCGGGCUCGAACAUGGGCAGCGCCACGGGCAGGAACCAGAACGCGCCUGCGACCGGCGGCAUCUUCGGCAAGGGGCAGGACGAGUCGGGCAACGACGCGCGCAGGACCCAGCCCCCGGACGGCUCUCAGAUCUACUCCGGGCGCAACUCCAUGCUCGUGCAGAUGACCGACCCCGCGGGCAAGAACAAGACCCAGCAGGUGAUUAUGGUCGAGAAUAUGAUCGGCAGGUUGGACGAGAUCUUGGAGUCGUUCAGGGCCAGGGAGAAGAGGGAGGACAGGAUCGAGGAGAAGAUCGACACCCUCGUCGACAGGACGUCUUACGACGACGAGGAGUUACUCGAGGUCAUGGACGCGUACAAGAAGUCGAGGCCGGAGAUGAUCAAGGAGAUGGAGAACGCCGUGGCCGUGGCCGCUGCCUUGCCCACGAUCUUCGAGGGGGUGGUGGGCGCCAUCGAGAACGAGAUCCAGCCCUCGGCCCCGCUCAUGAGGAGGUACGACGGCACGACGAUGAGGGACGCCGUGUACGUGCAGAUGAGUGCGGACAGGGACAGCGGCGUGGCUCAGAGCAGGAACCCACCGACGAGCGGGAACAUCUUCGCCAACCCGAACGUGGCCCAGAACCAGGCCUCGAACGUGAUGUCGAACAGGGGCGGGAACCCCAACACGAUCGGGUCCACGAGCCAGGAGUCGAUCCAAGCCAUGCAGGCGUUGCGGGACACAGCCUCGAACAUGAUGAUGAGCGCGAUUGAGGCCCUGAACGGCAGUGGCGACUUAGACGACGACGGGAUCGAGGCCAUGACCACGACCUUGUUCGUGGACGAGGGCGAGGACCUGGACAUGCGCGAGAUCCUGAUCGUGGCCCUGAUGAGGUACAUGAAGGAGACCAGCGGCGGGAAGCCGACCAAGGAGUCGAUGGAGGCCAUCAUCGACAUGAUGCGCCCGUUCACGAAGGAGAUUAUGAACGAGGUCGGCCACACGAUCAGGGACGGGUCCUUGGCUGAGGACGACAGGAUCGUGACCUUCUUCGACACCGCGGCUUCGGACGAGUAG